UCCCUUCCUUCUAUAAAAUGGUGAAGCCAGUUGCUAUUGUUACCAUAAGAGCCAGCUCCGACUUUUCUUUAAUUUCAGUCCUAACGGGGUUUCCUCUCCCACUCAUCUUUGCUCUUCUCAGUCUAGCAGCGGUGGCACUGGCAAACCAUGCUGCUCAACCAGCACCUCAACUUUACUGGAACUCCGUCCUGCCAAACACACAAAUGCCAAGAGCUAUCAGUGAACUUCUGCAUCCUGACUCCACAAACGAAGAAAAGAGCACAAAUGUCAUGAAUGCUGUUGGGAAUGGAAAGCCAAUUGACCACAAGGGCAAACCUGAAAAUACUGCACUACCACAGCUAGCACGACGCCCAUUUUCUUACAAGAGUGAUGAUCGUCCCACUGACAAUCAACUCCAUUAUAAAAACGUAGCUAUUUUCUUCUUGGAGAAGGACAUGCGCCCUGGCACAACAAUGAGCUUCCAAUUCCCUAUAAAUUCAAACACGGCUACUUUCCUGCCACGAGAAAGAGCUCAAUCGAUCCCCUUCUCCUCUAACAAACUACCAGAAAUUUUCAACCAUUUUUCAGUGAAGCCAACAUCUGUGGAAGCCAAAACAAUUAAGCAAACAAUCGAAGAGUGUGAGGCUCCAGGCAUUAAGGGAGAGGAAAUAUAUUGCGCCACAUCUUUAGAAUCAAUGGUUGAUUUUAGCACUUCGAAGCUUCGAACAAGAAACGUUCAAGCGAUCUCGACGGAGGUAUUGGAAAAAGGUGCCACCAUGUCCAUGCACAAGCAUACAACAAUGCCGGGACUGAAGAAGUUGGCAGGUGACAAAGUCGUUGUGUGUCAUAAGCAGAACUAUCCCUAUGCUGUGUUUUACUGCCAUGUAAUAAAACCAACAGCAGCUUAUGUUCUCCCCCUGAAAGGCGAUGAUGGGGUGAAGGUUAAAGCAGUAGCCAUCUGCCAUCUAGACACAUCAGAAUGGAACCCAAAGCAUUUGGCCUUCCAAAUCAUCAAAGUUAAGCCCGGAACAAUUCCCAUCUGCCAUUUCCUUCCCACUAAUCAUAUUGUCUGGGUUCCGAACCACAAAUCUGCAUGAUCAUCACUUAGCACUGUACGUAUAAUAAGCUUGCACCCCUGUAUAAUUAUCUCCCUACUCUACUUAUUUCUGCCUCUUCAUGUGGUGUAAGAUAUAUGAUGAGAUGAAGUUUUUGGGAUGAGUGGUCGGGUUGCCUUAAAAACACAGAUUACAGAAACUGCUUGAACUUAACCCGAUCAUGUUUUCUCUUGUACUCGUAAAGCAUGCUGUUGUGGUUCUACUUAAUUUCGUUCUCCCCAAUGUUUGAGUGUUUAAUUGUUACGUUGGAAUAGGCUGCUAAUGCAUGUAGUUAGAGAAGCCUUCAUUUAUAUCAAAGUCCUCAAACUUGUAAAGAUAUCAAUGGUCCUAGUGCUGCCACGUGUAAGAAGAUUGAAGAAUAAAGCUGUUGAGAUAUUGUUAGACUUGUUAGGCAGUUUAGGAAAACUGUUAGUAUUGAUAAGAGAAGGUUAGAGAUGUUAGAGAGGUUAGAAAUCACGUGAACAAGGCUUUAACUCAGCUGAUAUAAAGUCUGUAGUUGUGCUCAGUUGAACUUAAUGAGAAAUACAACAAGUCUCUUCUCUA